UUAUGUCGCCCGCCUGCCGUGCACCAUCCCCACCAUCCAUAUCCAUCUUGUCCCGGUCCUUGUGAUGUGAUGAUGUGCAGAUGUCGGUGCACCAGCAUCCUCCCAUCCACGAUCCACGCCUCCUCUCUCCCGUGUGCACCGCUUUGCUUUAUCCUCCGCUCACAAGAGAGGGAUUUCCCAUUUUUUAUGCACCCCCCCCCCCCCAGUAGAUUCAUCGGAUGAGAACACUGUGGCAACCCGUUCCUGAGAGGACUUUGCUGGAAUUUGCCGACCAGAAAGGAGGCUCCUCUUUUACGCACCGAACAAUUGGCGUAUGCAAAUCCCAUGCAUGCAUUGUGAUUUUUUUUGUCGCUGUGGAGCAAGGAGGCGUUUCUCUAUCAAGACGAACUAAUCCGGAUGUGUUAAGUUUGAUGUAAAAAAACAAAAAACAAAAAAGAGUGGUGGCGUGGAGAGAGGUGGUGGUGGUGGUGGUGGGGGGUGAGUCCAACACAUAAGCGCAAGCACGGCAACAUCAGCGGAUCUGCUCAUCUGCAUGCUCCAAGCACUCAAGGCGGGCUCCUGGAGACAUGACAAGUCUCUUCUUCCGCUCCUGAGGACUCACAACUGUUGCAAAGACGUUCCUAUCGAUAACCCUCCACAUGGAUUGACGUGAGAAGACUAGCAAACAUCGUCAUUGCACCAUGCUACUCCACAAGAGGACUCCAUUUUUCACUCCAUGCGUGUUCACCUCCAUCCUGCUGCUCCUGCUCCCGGGAGUCACCCACGUGUCCCAAGGCAGUUCCAGCCACGAAGACCACGGCAGCCCGGCCAGGAACUGCACCAGCGAAGAUAACUGCUCUGACGGAGUGGUGCUUCCCAUGUGGAACCCCCAGAACCCAGUGGUGGGCGACAAGGUGGCCCGGGCCAUCGUUUACUUUGCAGCUCUCAUAUACAUGUUCCUGGGCAUGUCCAUCAUCGCGGACCGCUUCAUGUCCUCCAUUGAGGUCAUCACAUCCCAGGAAAAGGAGAUCACCAUCAAGAAGCCCAACGGAGAGACAACAACCACGACGGUGCGUAUUUGGAACGAGACCGUGUCCAACCUGACCUUAAUGGCGUUAGGCUCCUCAGCCCCAGAAAUCCUGCUCUCCGUCAUCGAGGUGGUCGGUCAUAAUUUUGAAUCUGGAGCGCUCGGGCCGAGUACCAUCGUGGGCAGCGCCGCGUUCAACAUGUUCAUCAUCAUAGCGCUCUGCGUCUACGUGGUGCCGGAGAACGAGACUCGCAAGAUAAAGCACCUGAGGGUGUUUUUCGUCACGGCCGCCUGGAGCAUCUUCGCCUACAUCUGGCUGUACCUCAUCCUGUCCGUCUUCUCCCCUGGGGAGGUGGAAGUUUGGGAGGCGGUCCUCACCUUCCUCUUCUUCCCGCUCUGUGUGCUGCAAGCUUGGAUCGCAGAUCGCCGCCUGCUCUUCUACAAGUACGUCAACAGACGCUACCGCGCCGACAAGAAUCGAGGCAUUAUCAUCGAAUCGGAGGGGGACGCCAUGUUCACCAAAAUGGACUUGGAGAUGGACGGCCAGGGUGUCAACUCCCACACGCACCCCAAGGAGGCUCUGGAUGGCAUGCUGGAGGGGGUGGAGGAAGGCGGAGGCUCCAGCGCGGAACAAGACCAAGAGGAGGAAGCCAGGAGGGAGAUGGCUCGCACCCUGAAGGACUUGAAGCAGCGGCAUCCAGAGAAGGACAUGGAGCAGCUGAUUGAGAUGGCCAACUACCAAGUUCUGGUCCAACAACAGAAGAGCCGGGCCUUCUACCGCAUCCAGGCCACACGCAUGAUGAUCGGAGCCGGAAACAUCCUGAAAAAGCACGCCGCCGACCAAGCCAGGAAGGUGGUGAGCUGCCACGAGGCCAGCGGACAAGAGGAGGACCCCAACACCAUCUACCUGCAGUUCGACCCCUCCCACUACCAGUGCUUUGAAAACUGUGGCUCCUUAAAGCUCUCAGUGAGCCGCCACGGAGGAGAGAGCGGCUGUACCGUGAAGGUGGACUACCGCACAGAGGACGGGACCGCCAACGCCGGCUCGGACUAUGAGUUCGCCGAAGGCACUUUGGUCUUCAAGCCCGGCGAGACCACAAAAGAGUUCACCGUCGGCGUUAUCGACGACGACAUUUUCGAAGAAGACGAGCACUUCUACGUGCGCCUCAGCAACCCCCGAAUAGUGCACAGAGCCGAGGUCUCCAUCCUGGAGCCGCGCUCCAUCUCCUCCAGCAACAGCAUGGUGGGCGUCUCCUCCCACAUCCCACCCAAAGCCGCCCUGGGCGGCGCUCACACCGCUACCGUGACCAUCUAUGACGACGACCACGCCGGCAUCUUCACCUUCGAGAGCAAGUCCACCAGAGUCAGCGAGAGCGUCGGCAACAUGCAGGUCAAGGUUCACCGGACGUCCGGAGCAAGGGGGAAGGUCGCGGUGCCUUAUCACACCGUGGAGGGCACCGCCAAGGCGGGGGAGGACUACGAGGAAGUGUCUGGCAAGCUGGAGUUUCAGAACGACGAGACCAUGAAGCUGCUGAACGUGAAGAUCAUCGACGAUGAGGAGUACGAGAAGAACAAGACCUUCACCAUUAUUUUGGAGGAGCCCAUCCUGCUGGAGGUGGGACAGAGACACGGAGACACCAACGAUAACAAGACGCCCGUUGGGCCCGAGGACGUGGCCAAGAUGGGCUGCCCAUGUCUGGGGGAGCACACCAACCUGGAGGUGGUCAUUGAGGAGUCCUAUGAGUUUAAGAGCACGGUUGACAAGCUGAUUAAAAAGACCAACCUGGCUCUGGUGGUGGGGAGCAGCAGCUGGAGGGAACAGUUUGUUAGCGCUGUCACUGUCAGUGCAGGCGACGACGACGAGGAAGAGAGCGGCGAGGAGCGUUUGCCCUCCUGCUUUGACUACAUCAUGCACUUCCUGACCGUUUUCUGGAAAGUGCUGUUCGCUUUCGUCCCGCCCACUGAGUACUGGAACGGCUGGGCCUGCUUCUUCGUCUCCAUCUCCUUAAUUGGCAUCCUGACGGCUGUGACCGGCGACCUGGCCUCUCAUUUCGGGUGCACCGUCGGGCUGAAGGACUCGGUCACCGCUGUGGUGUUCGUGGCCCUGGGCACGUCCGUCCCAGACACGUUUGCAAGUAAAGUGGCCGCCAUCCAGGACCAAUACGCCGAUGCAUCAAUCGGCAACGUGACGGGCAGCAACGCCGUCAACGUCUUCCUGGGCAUCGGGGUGGCGUGGACCAUCGCCGCCGUAUACUGGAAAACCAAAGGCAAGAUGUUCAAGGUCAACCCCGGCUCUCUGGCCUUCUCUGUCACCCUCUUCACCAUCAUGGCGCUGGUGUGCGUGCUGGUGCUGCUCUACCGCCGCCGGCCCAGCGUUUCGGGCGGAGAGCUCGGGGGCCCACGGACAGCCAAGCUCCUCACCUUCUUCCUCUUCCUGUCCCUGUGGUUCAUUUACAUCCUGCUGGCCUCCUUGGAGGCCUACUGCCACGUGCCUGGCUUCUGAAGGCCCACACGCAGCCCCUUCGCUUUGUUUUUACGCUUUGAUGAAUGCUUUCUUUGUUUUUUUUCUGUCCACUUUCACAAAUGUUUACAACCAUUACACUUCCCUUCUGGUUUGCCCAAUUAUAGAAAUUACGAUUCGCGUAUUACAAAAAUUUCAAGAAUAAAGUAGUAAACGUAUGACUUUAUUCUUGUAAAUUUACAAGAACAAAUGUCACAUUUAUGAUAAUUUUUUUAAUAUUAUGAGAAAAAAAAUCAUACUGUUACUCGGAAAGUUACAAGAAUAAAAGCCUACAUUUAUGAGAAAAAUAUUUUUAAUAUUAUGAGGAAAAAAAGUGGUACUGUUAGAUUUGCCCAAGACGGAGUAUUAAAAUAAGCCGUAAAUUUACAAUUUAAAAAGUCAGAAAUUAACAAAAGUAAAGUCGUAAAGUUACAAGAAUAAAGGCCUAAAUUUCUGAGAAAAGAAGUCUUAAAUUUGCGUGAAAAAAAUGUCGUAAUAUUAACUUUGCCCAAGGCCAAAGGUCACAAAAGUCCCCCCUUUUCAUAGCUGUCUCAGAUUAUAAUCAGAGAUUUUGAGAAUAAAGUCGUAAAUGUAUGACUUUACAAUAAAAAAGUUGGACAUUUAUGAGAAAAAAAAUGUAAUAUUAUGAGAAAAAAAGUUUCCAAAGGUCACAUAAGAUCCCCCUUUUCAUAGCUGUCUCAGGCAAUGCCUGUUACUCUGUCAUAACAGGCAUUUAUGAAAUCAAACAUUUAUGAGAAAAAAAUUGAGAAAUACAUCUACAAGAAAAAAGUUGGAUAUUUAUGAGAAAAAACAUGUAAUAUUACGAGAAUAAAGUCAUAAAUUAACAAGAAUGUUAGGACAAUCAAGUUGUAAAGCUAGAAGAAUAAAGUCGUAAAUUUCAGAGAAAAAAAUUGUAACAUUACGAAAAUCCUGUCGUUAAUCUAUGAGAAUAAAGUUGUAAAUUUACAGGAAAAAUCUUGCAAUGUUAGGAGAAUCAGGUUGUAAAUCUACGAGAAUAACGUCAUCCAUUUCAGAGAAAAAAAAUGUAAUAUUAGUAGAAUAACAUCAUAAAUCUACGAGAAUAAAGUCGUAAAUUUCAGAGAAAAUAACCCCCAAAACCUUAUGUUACAGGCCUUGCCUGAGACAGCUAUGAAAAGGAGGUACUUAUGUGACUGCUAGCGUUGGGCAUGAGGAGGGGGCGGGGUUUGGAAGGCGGAAGUGAGGAGGGCUAGCUAUACAUGCUAACCAGUUCAACUUCUUUGUUUUGCUGCCACGCCAUAAAUAAAAGCUUGUUUGAAGGAACAGGAAAGUUUCCUUCCUUCCUAUUCUCUAUUUAAUAUUUUCUACUUAUUAUUUAUAUCAUUAUUUUCUAUUUACAACACUAAGACCUUAUUCUUGUAAUAUUAUAACUUUUUUCUUGUACAUUUCUCAUAAAUUUAAGACUGUUUUUCUUUGUAUGUAAGACUUUUACUCGUAAAUAUAAGACUUUUUUGUCAUAAAUGUCAAACUUUUUAUCUGGUAAAUGCCCGACUUCAUUCUCAUAAAUGUACAACUUUAUUCUCACAAUCUGAGAUUAUGAUUAUGUUUUCAAAGUGACCCCAACACUCCGUUGUGGAAGAUGGCUCCCCUCUGUGUAUAGACAGUUAUUUAAGUUUGUACAUUUUUAUGAUAUGACUUUAUAUAAAAUGUAAAAUUAAAAGCAGCGCAAUGAAAGGAAAGAUAUGGGGGGUGGGAGGGGUAACAUACAUGCAUUGAUAUUUACUACUCCAGCUUUACAUGAAAUAUUCAUAGUAUAUCAUGUGACAGAUGAACAUUGUGUGUGCGGGUUUUGUGAAAGAGUUGGUGUGUUUGUUUUUGUUUUCUUUUGCACGCAGAUAGAAGAGUUUAUUGGAAAUCUAUUUUAAAGUACAGUAUGUAAAAUUUGGACAAUGAUGUGUUGAUGUGCUUGUGUAAUGUGAAUGUCAGCAGUAAUCUCGCAACGUUUGAUAUAGCCAUAGUUCACCUGCAUUUUCUAACAAAGAAAAAACACAAACAAAGGUCCCUGAGGGCAGAGUGCCUGCUUUAAAUUGUUUACAAUUUAAGGGUGUUUACAUUUGUGUGACUUCUCCGACUUUCCAUGGCUGUUCCAGACGUUCAGUGACACGCUCUCUUUCCUACCUUUCACACGGACACUGUGAACAUUCGCAAGCGUCAGAGAAAAAAAGCACAGUCGAAAGCAAAGGCCCACUUUUGCAACGAGUAUAAGCACAACAAGUGAAGUGGUUGUCUGAGACAAGUGAGACGUGUCCAAACAGAAUAGUCAAAACAAAAAACUGUACCUACCUGAGUGUUAUGUCAAAGAUUUCUUUCUUUAUUUAAUUUGUAAAGCCAUAUUUACAAGAAUACGACGAUAGAAGUGUUCUAUUUCAACAUAUUGAUAUGCAUGUUUAAUGUGUAAAAAAAGGAAAUAAAUGUUGG